CUAUUCAACCACUGCGAACCAUUGUUAACAUAAAGAAGAAGAAAGGACGCGUUUCCGCUUUCCUUAAGUCCAUGCUGAUUUGAAAAAUAAAGAAUUCAGUUUCUCUAAUUCUGAAUUUAUUUUAUUCAUUUCACCAUGUCUAUUAAAUUGAACGCUCUUUUCAGCGACUCAUAUGUAGAUAUAAGUCAGUACAGAGACCAGCAUUUUAAGGGUAACCGUUAUGAGCAGGAGAAGCUCCUGAAGCAGAGCUCCACGCUGUACGUGGGAAACCUGUCCUUCUACACUACAGAGGAGCAGGUGCACGAGCUCUUCUCUAAGAGUGGAGAUGUCAAGAGGAUCAUCAUUGGCCUUGACAAAGUCAAGAAGACGGCAUGUGGCUUCUGUUUUGUUGAGUAUUACACUCGUGCCGAUGCUGAGAAUGCCAUGAGAUUUAUUAAUGGUACGAGGCUGGAUGACCGGAUCAUCCGAACGGACUGGGACGCAGGUUUUAAAGAGGGCCGACAGUACGGCCGGGGCAAGUCAGGUGGUCAGGUCAGAGAUGAAUACAGGCAGGACUAUGACCCCGCCAGAGGGGGUUAUGGGAAGCUGGUGCAGAAAUCUUGAACAUGCCUUUUGCCAGAAUUUUUUUUAAAAGUUUGCAUUUGCCUUUUCUGUGUUAAAAAUAAAUACGGAAAGGAUUGUGACAGGACUGGAGGCUGUCAGAAAUGUUAGUUUUUGGGAUGUGCAGUAACAGAUCGAGAAUUUUGUGUGUGUAAUGUACAUAUUAGAUUAAUGCUUUAGGAAUGUCCAUGCCAGAAAUUCAUCUUGUCUGGCAUGAGUAGUUAUUCUUUUUAAAAAAAAAUAAAAUAAAAUAAAAAAUAAAUGCUGUUUUAUAAA